AUGUGCGAUUCUGCUUGCAGAUUUGUUGUGGUUAUGGCGAUAGAAAAUCGCUUGGAGCAGGAAGCCUUACGUCGUAAAGAACGCUUGGCUAAAUUAAAAGAAAUGGUGACAUCAUCUUCAGAACAGCCGUUGGACGAAACGAGUAACGAGGACAGUACGCCGAAAUUGCCUCACUUUCAUAACUACACACCGACAAGCGAAGUUCUUAAAGAAAACGUCUUGCCAAGGGUCGAAUCUGGAAAUGUCAGAGAGAAAGUUCGAGAUCAGUUGGAAAGCGCAAAAACAGGCCUCGAGGUGGAAGAAAUUGACUUGACUGUCUUAGCACCGCGAAAGAUCGACUGGGACUUGAAACGUGAUAUCGCCCCAAAACUCGAAAAACUUGAGCGGCGAACCCAGAGGGCAAUCGUUGAACUUAUAAGAGAGAAGUUGGCCUCCGGUAGACAUGACCUGUUGCUCUCUGCCGUGAACGCCGAUGUCAAAGCGACUGAAGAAAGUCAUAUGUCGGAUGAAGAUUAA